CUAUCAUAUGAUCCCUUCAACAACAAGACCAACAGCCUCUGCUUUUUCUAUCCUUUCUUGAUUCUUUCUUUGAGAAAAACACAGUCAUUUCUGCAACUCCCCGUCUUUCUUGAUCUCAUAUCAACAAACACAACAAUCAAACGGCCGGUAUUUUUGUUUUUUUCAUCUUUUAUGCAUGAUUAUAGGGUCAUGAGUGCUUGUCUAAAGAUAGUGUUUCUUUUGGAAAGAAAAGGCUACGGGGAAUCAAGAGAAGAGAAUCAUAGGAAGGAGGGAACUGUUUCAAACGGUCAUCAACAAUAUUCAGCUUACUAGCUAGCGAGUGUCGUCAACUGUUACAAAAUUCAAAUCUGCCCUAUUAAAGCAAGAAAGGAGAACAGUUCCUUUUCUUUUCUUUUUUUCUUUGUGAUCCUUUUUUCUUCUUCUCUCAAACAUAAAUUCUGCAUUUUAAGCCAAAUCCCGGGUGAAAGUAUGGGAUUUGAGCUGAGCAUUCCUAGAUACCCCACCGAUUUCUGAUCAAGUAGGCCACAAGUCUUAAUCUUUAAAUGGAUAAUUCGUCGAGUUUUGACGAAGUUUCGGAUCCCGGUUAUCAACCUUCACCUUCUUCCUUGGAUCAAAAUGAUCACCCAGCCGUGGAAACUCCAGUGUACUCAACAAUGAGUGGUGAUUCAUUCAUGUUCGGCAGGACUUAUUCAGAGACCUCAGCCUUUUCUGAUCCCAUAGAUGAUAACAGCUAUUCAAGUGAACCUUCUCCUUCUCAUUGGCCAGUAACCAAAUCUGGAGCACAACAUCAGGCUAUGCUUAGAAGACUAGAAAUGAAGCAACAGAAGCAAGUUGCGGAUGACAAGUUGGAUGAUCAAGAAUCUGUUGACUUGGAACUUGAGAUGAUGAAAGAAAGAUUUUCAAAGCUUUUGCUUGGUGAAGACAUGUCAGGAAGUGGCAAAGGUGUCUGCACAGCUGUUACUAUAUCAAACGCCAUAACAAAUCUCUAUGCAACUGUGUUUGGGCAAAAUUUGAGAUUAGAGCCAUUGAAACCUGAGAAGAAAUCGAUGUGGAAGAGAGAAAUGGAUUGUCUUCUUUCUGUAUGUGAUUACAUAGUAGAAUUUAUCCCCAAGUCUCAGAAUUUACAAGACGGAACAGUUCUUGAGGUGAUGGAAAGUAGACCAAGAUUAGAUAUUCAUAUCAACCUUCCGGCAUUAAGAAAGCUUGACGCAAUGCUCAUGGAAGUACUGGAUAGUUUCCAAGAUACAGAGUUUUGGUAUGCAGAACAAGGAAGCAUGUCAUCAAAUUCAACUCUUUCAGGCUCGUUUCGGAGAGUUAUUGUCCAGCGUAAAGAAGAGAAAUGGUGGGUGCCAGUCCCAUGUGUUCCCUCUGGUGGCCUCUCUGAGAAGUCGAGGAAGCACUUGCGACACAAACGUGACUGUGCAUAUCAAAUUCACAAAGCUUCCAUGGCCAUUAACAGUAGCAUUCUUGCUGAGAUGGAAAUUCCAGAGACAUACAUAGCAUCUCUUCCCAAGAGCGGAAGAGCGAGCCUGGGGGACACAAUUUACCGCUACCUGUAUACAGCGGACAAAUUCUCCCCAGGACAUCUUCUUGACUGUCUCAACUUAGCAUCAGAACAUGAAGCACUUCAGCUUGCAGACCGAGUUGAAGCUUCAAUGUACACAUGGAGACGCAAAGCAUGCCUAAGCCAUUCAAAAUCCUCUUGGAACAUGGUGAAAGAUCUCAUGUCUGACAUUGAUCGAACAGAUAAAAAUCAUAUUCUAGCAGAAAGGGCCGAGACCUUGCUAUUUUGCCUGAAGCAGAGAUACCCCGAACUUUCACAGACAUCCUUGGACACUUGCAAAAUCCAGUACAAUCAGGAUGUGGGACAAGCAAUUCUAGAGAGCUACUCAAGAGUUUUAGAAGGCUUAGCAUUCAACAUUGUUGCUUGGAUCGAAGAUGUUCUUUUCGUAGAUAGGAACCAAGAACAAUAGGAACCAGAGUUCAAACAUCAGUGAUAGAUAACAUAUCUUAAUCAAGGUGCUCUCUCUCGGAUCACUGUCCUACUUUCUGUAAUGCAUAAGCCUUGUGAGGAAUCUAGGAAAUUUCAUUUACUUUCGCGUGUAACAGGUUGAAGGUAGUAGUUCUUACGUAGGAAAUAUCUUCUGCAUAGGUGAAGAGAUCUUUUGAGCAAGAUUUGUACAUUCUGCAUCCAGUUAAGCUAAUUUCCUCAAGAAUUUUUGUUAUCGCCCGAUUCAGUUUCAAUCCACAGUUCUUUCCCCA